CUUUUCUCUCCCUCUCCACCACACAUCCAAUUCCACCAUGCGUCGUUUACCUCGUGCCGUAUCACUCCCUCUCCGGAGGUCUUUCGCCAGCCAGGCUCCUGGCAGUCCCGUAUGGGAGGUCUUCAAUCGGCAAACGAAGCAUCUCCAGAAAGACCGCGCCGCUCGCAACGUCGAGCAGAGCCGCCAAACGGACUACAUCAAGGACGAGGUGGCCCUGCGGCUAUGUGAGCGCUUACUAGACAUCAAGCGCCACUUCCCGCAAGUGCUCGACCUCGGCGCCAACAGCUGCAACAUCGCCCGCGCGCUCACGGAGCCCAACCCGGACCCCGACGAUCCCAGCGCGCCGCCGCUGUCGACUCGCAUCUCGGAGCUGACGUGCGUCGACACCUCGCACGCGCUGCUCCACCGCGACGCCGACCUCCCCUUCAACGCCGACCUCUCUCUCACCCGCAACGUCAUCCCGGACCUGGAAUCCCUCCCCUACGAACCCAACAGCUUCGACGCCGUGCUCUCCUCGCUCUCCAUCCACUGGGUCAACGACCUCCCGUCGCUGCUGGCCCAGGUGAACUCGAUCCUGAAGCCGGACGCCCCGUUCAUCGCCGCCAUGUUCGGCGGCGACACGCUGUUCGAGCUGCGCACGUCGCUGCAGCUGGCGGACCUGGAGCGCCGCGGCGGCGUCAGCCCGCAUGUGUCGCCGCUGGCCGACGUGCGCGACGUCGGCGGCCUGCUGAACAAGGCCGGGUUCAAGAUGCUGACCGUGGACGUGGAGGACAUCGUCGUGGAGUAUCCGGAUACGUUCGCCCUGAUGCAGGACCUGCAGGCCAUGGGCGAGAGCAAUGCCAUCCUGCAUCGCGAGCUGGGUCCCCUCUCGCGGGACGUGCUGCUGGCCAACGAGGCCAUCUAUCGCCAGCUGCAUCGCGAGGAGGGCGCACGCGGCAUCCCCGCCACUUUCCGCUUGAUCUACAUGAUCGGGUGGAAGGAGGGCGAGGGACAGGCACAGCCGUUGCAGCGAGGCAGCGGAGAGUUGAAUCUGAAGGAUUUGUUGGGUGGCGGAGCGUUCGAGAAGCCAUAAAGACCAGACCUAGAGUCCUAAACAAAAAGUUCUACAUCUCACAAGAAAUAUAUAUAUACACUGAUAUAUAUCUAUAUAGUAACUGUACAAUUUAAUGACAAGGAUUAU